GUAGCAGUAGCACGUCCCAACCAACAAGUACGUACGUUGUCUUGCACGCUUCCGCGCCGCUCCACCGCUUUUGACCUUGGCUUCCUUUCUGCUCGGCUCAGGCCUCCGAACGCUCCAGGGCAGCCAGCCGGAGCGUGGCAAGGUUACGGCCCAGCUCUGGCGAGCAUGUCAACCGGCCUGGCGCUUGCCGCUGCGUAGCAUACACCGACAGCAAUGCAGCUCGGGCCGCCUGCGGCGCAGCAGCGCUACACCGUUCACGUUGUGAGUAGCUCAAGCGGCAGCAGGUGUAGCUCGCGUGGCAGGCACAGCGCAUGCUCCUCUGUUGCGAGCGACACGGGCGAGGCUGCGAACAGCGCGCCUUCCUCCGCGCUGCCGGCUUGGCUGCGUUCGCAGCUGUGCUUCGAGUUGCUCGCGCCGGCGCCUGCUGCAGAGCCAGCACAAGCAAGCUCACAAGCUUCCGCCGCCCUUGUCGACCAACAGCAGCCGCAGCAGCCGCGGCCUGAACCGCAGCCGCGCUCGCAGGAGCUUGUGGCAGUCUGGCACGCGCCGUCUGCCGACGUCGCAGCUGCAGCAGAUGAGGCCGCAGCUAGUGACCAGCCGGCGCGCCUGCCCGCCAUGUGGGUCAGGCGCCACGGCUGCCUGCUGCAGGCCCUGGGCUGCUGCGCCGCAGGGGACGUGGUGCUGCUUCUGGGGGGCGUGCAUGACAUAACACACCAGCACCAGCGCCACCGCCUAAAGCAGGAGCGCCAACAGCAGCAGGAGCUGCUUCCCAAGGAGCAGGUGCAGCAGGAGAUGCAGGAGCAGCAGGAGCGUCCCUCAGGCGAUAUGGGUCAAGGGGCGUGGGCCACGGACGCCGCUGCCGGGCCUGCCUGGAUCGCUCCCAUGGCGCUAGGCGAUGUGGUCAUUCCGGCGGGCGUCACACUGCUUGGGGAGAACCCUGCCGAUCCCUCACAUGCCAUGAUCCGCCACUCCGGCCUGUGCGUGGGUGCCUCAGCGUCGCUGCUGCCUGGCCCUGCGCCGGCGUCACGCCUGGUCACGUGCGCCAUCGGCGUCACGCUCGUCCACGUGUGCCAAGGCGGCGCGCAGCCCGCACAGACGCCUUCGCAGCCGCAGGCACCGCCGGGCGAAGCGGCCCCGGCUGCCGCGCUCUCCGUGGCGUGCGGCCGGCUGUCCAUGCGCGGCUGCAACGUGCAACUGGGUGCUGGCGGCGGCGGCGGCGGCGGCGGCGGCGUGGGCAUCUGGGUCGGGCCCGGUUGUGGGCUGGAGCUGAGACACAGCCACAUGUGCGGCACUGCCCAGGUUGGCAUUCUGGUGUGUGUGGGCGCAUCGGUGUGCCUCGUCGGCACCGCUUGUCGUGUGACCGGUCGCGCGGUGGUCGCCAUGCAAGCAGCUGCGGCGCAGCCAGCACCGCAGCCAGCGCCGCAGCCAGCACCGCAGCCAGCGCCGCAGCCAGCGCCGCAGCCAGCGCCGCAGCCGGAGCCGCAUCCUGAACCUGAACCUGCACAGUCGCAGCUGCAGGAUGCUGAGGCGGCCACGCAGUCAUCCGCUGCGGUGGGUGCGGCGCGCGGCCGCGCCAUGAGUAAUAGUGGCCAGGUGCCGCCGCCGGCUUCGGUCGCGCCCGUGGCGCCGACGCUGCUGGUCGGUCAGGAGUGCAUCCUGUCAGCGGCAGGGCUGGAUGGGGGUAGCAGCAGUGCCAGCGCCGGCGAUGGUGCCGGCGGCAGCGGCGGCCGCGGCAGAGCGGAGGCGUACACCGUCCUGCUGCUUCGGCCCGCUGCCACGCGCGGCGCCGACGCCGGCGCUGCCCGCCAGGCCGCGGCGUCACCGCUGCGGGGCUGUCGUGUGUGCAUCCACCCUGACGUGGUCUUUGCCGGGCAGCAGCCCACCGCCCGCCCAGCCGCGGCGCCGCAGGCUACCGCUGUCGAGCAGCAACAGCCGCCACAGCCGCCACAGGCGGAGCGGCACGCCGCCGCCGACGUCGCCGCCGCCGCCGCCUCCACGCAACGCCCGCGCGUCCUCCGGCUCCGCGGCAGCUCCGCAGCGCCGUUCAGCCUCGGCGUCGCGACGCGGGUCCCCUGCGAAGCCGCAGGCAGCGCCAGCGGCGCUGCCUCAUCCUGGCCCAUUACCGGCGUGGGGCUGGUGUCAACGAAACGCUUUCCGUUGGCGCUGGGCGACCGCGGCGGCGCGGUGCCCAGCACCUGGCUCGUGUUCGGGGUCGCGGGCGGAAGCCAAGCGGUGGCGAGGCUGCCUCGUGAGCUCGGCGGCUGGGUGCCGGCUGCGGGCCUCAUCCCACUCAUCAACUCGGUGGCGGCCUCGUACGCUGCCGCCCACCCCGCGGCACCCGCGGUGGUGGCGUCUGCGCCAGCCCUGGCCAGCGCCGCUUCUGCGGGAGCGGGCGCGGGUGCCGGUCACGGCGCCGGCAGCAUCCACGCGGGUGCCACGCCGGCACACGCCCCGUCGCCACCCUUGCUCCAGCAGGCAGUAAGUGGGGCGGCUGUCGACUGCAGCGGUACACACGGCUGCAGCGGUGUACGGCAGUCGGCGUCGGUCGUGGUCGCGCCCGCGCCGCCAAACUACACCACGCCCCUGCGCCCGCUCCGCCGCCGUGGCUGCUUCUCGCCUCAAGGCGCGGGUCAGUCAGCCCUCCCAUGCACCAGCGCUGCCGCGGCCCCGGCCGACAGCAAUGCCGACGGCGCGACUCAGAGCAGCAGCGGCGGCGUUUCCACAAUGCGGCGGUCCGUGCUUGGGAGCGAGGGCGCGGCUCAGAGCAGCAGCGGCGGCGUGACUGAGAUGCUGCGCUCCGUGCUUGACAGCGCGGCGAGGACGCGUGCACCCGCGGCUUCGCCAGGGGUGGGAGGCAGCGGAAAUGCCAGUGACCGCGUUGAGCUGGCAUCCAGCGUAACACGCCCCUCGCCCAUUCCCUUUCGCAACCCGGGCCGUGCGCUGCGUUCUGCUGAGCUUCAGGCGGCCGGGGAAGAUAGCGCCGGGCGAGCCGGAAUCGGUGCGGCAGGCACGGCAGCCGCUGGUCCCGGCCGGAACGGUGUGAGCGGAUGCGUUGCGGUGUGCCCAACCGCCCAGCUUCCAACUCCCGCCAUCCCCACUUUGCAGUCAGAGCGGUGCUGUAAAGGAAGCGGCACCGAUGCAGUCGGAACAGCUGAACGCCUGGUGGCGGUCGGCGGCAGCGGCGGCGGCUGCAGCCGUGCGCGUGUUGCGGCCACAGCGGCGGAGGUGUCGCGCGCCGUGGCUCGGGCACACGGGGCGGAGGGGCCGUUGCCUUCGCCACCUCCCGGCCCGGAGAGGUCGUGCGGCCACGCCAGCCCUGCGCUGGCAGCAGCGCCCGGCGCCGCCUCGCCCACCGCCGCGCCACAGCCGCAGCAGCAGUGGAUGCAGCAAUGGGCGGAUCAGGAUCUGGAUCCACAGAUGCAGCUGCUGCUGCAGCAGCUGCCAGCACGUGCCGGGAAUCCGUUCGGCGGCGAUGCCAACCUGAUGCAGGCUUACCUGGCCUUCCGGGACGAGUCACCACCGCCACCGCAGCAGCAGCAGCAGCAGCAGCAGCAGCAACAACAGCUGCAGCUGCAGCUGCAGCUGCAGCUGCAGCAGCAGCAGCAGCAGCAGCAGCCGUUGCAGCUGCAGGUGCAGCAGCAGCAGGUGCAGGCAUGUUCCGUUGCGGCCGGCGGCGGUCAGGGCGGCGCCAACGGCGGCAAUAGCCUUUCCUACGAGUGCAGCAACGGCAACGACCGCAUCACCACCGGCGCUACCGGCUCCGAAACGUCGCUCGCCCACAGCACAUUCCAGCAUUCGCCGGCAGCCCAGCAUCCGCCGGCAGCCCAGCAUCCGCCGGCAGUCCAGCUGCGGGCCGGGCCGCAGCUGGCCAGCGCCAAGGCGGCAGACGUGCAGCGCUAUCUGGACCAGGCAGCGGCGGCGCAUGCGGCCGCCGAAUCGGCGGCACGACAUGCGCAUGCGCACCUCUCCGCCGCCGCUACUGUGGCCGCCGCUGCUUUGGCCGGCCACACAUCGCGCCACGGUGGAUUUAGGGCGGCCGCGGGCGAGGUAGGCGAGGCCACCGCCGCGGACGCGGCAACUGGCGCGGGCGCGCCGGCCGCUGGCACGCUCGCGGCUGGGGGUGCGGCGGGCGAGUGCGAUUUCAGCAGGCGAGAGCCUGGCGUUGAGGGCAGCAUCAGCCAUCGCGUGAAGCGGCGUCGUGGGGGCGAUGCAGCAAACAAGCCGGCCGGCCUAGGUUACGGCAGCGGCGCUAGUGCUUCUGACGGCGAUGAGGAGGUUGGUGCUGACGACGAUCCCGAUUACGGCCCCGAUGGGCAUCACUGUGGUGGUGAUGAUGACGCCGGGGCGGCGGCGGCGGUGCCCAGUUGGGUCAUCCCAACCUGCGUCAGCACCUGCUACCCAGCCCUGCCGCCGCAGGUGCUGUGGCCGGCGCCGCCGCAUGGCCAGGAGGAGCAGCAGGCGCAGCAAGCGCAGCAGCCGCUGUGGGACGCGCAAGUGCCAAUGCGGUGCGCGUGGCCGGCCAGGGAGGUGGAAGCGGCGGCGGCGGCAGUUGCGGUGGCGGAGGCCGCCGCGGCAGCGCCAGCCUCUGCUCCAGUGGCAGCCGGCGGCUCGGCCAUGCGGCAGCCACCGCCGCUAGCAGCCAUGCAACGGGCGCACGCCGCCGCCCUGCUGAUGCAGCAGCGCCCCCAGGCCGCCGCCGCUGGCUCCGCCGCGGCCCUGCUCCUUGGCCGCACCGCGCAGGGCGCACCAGCGGGAUCACACGCGGGCUCGCUACCGCUACCGCCGCCACCGCCUCAGCAGCUGCAGCUGCAGCCCGUGCCGGCGCGUCCGAGGCGCGUGAAUGGCGCUGCCUCGUCUUCAGUGGCCAGCCACAAGCGCAGCCGCCACAGCGGCAUGCCGACCGGGGCACGUGCAGGAUCCAGCCGCGUCAGUGGUGCAAGGCUUGGCGCGGCCGGAGAUGCGGGCUGCGGCGGUGGCGGCGGUAGCGGCGGUGGCGGCGGUGGUGGUGGCGGUGGCGGUGGCGGCGGUGGCGGCGGUGGUGGCGGUGGCGGCGGUGGCGGCGGUGGUGGCGGUGGCGGCGGUGGCGGCGGUGGUGGCGGUGGCGGCGGUGGCGGCGGUGGUGGCGGUGGCGGCUGCGGCGGUGACGUUUUGGCCGCCGCACAUCCCCACCACCUGGCAGCAGCUGCUGCGGAGGCGGCAGCGGCGGCAGCGGUUGCACACUAUGGCGGCAUUGAGCGGAGCAGCUCCAGCAGCAGCCGUCGGCGUGCCUCCGCGCGACCGGCGCCGCUGGCGUCGCAGGCCACCACCACACGCGCCGCGGCAAGGUCUGCGGCAGCGGCGGCGGCGCAGGCGGCUGCGGCGCAGGCAGCGGCUUCCUUAUUGUGCAGCCACGGAUGCCGGGCUGGGGCAGCCGAGCUGCUUCCUGCGGUGGGCCUGCUGGCGGCGAGCGCCCCCUGGCAGCACCAGCAGCAGCAGCCACAGGGGCCACAGUACGUGUGCCUGCAGGAGCAAGCCUCGCAUCUGCAGCAGCAGCGGCAGCGGCAGCAGCAGCAGCAGCAGGGCUUCCCGCCGCACGCUGCCCAAGGCGGGUUGCACGGCGGUGUGGUUGGUGUUAUCAUGGGCGCGGCCGGAGGCGCACACACUACAGUGGUUUCGCCGAGCGGCGCGCGGCGGCCGCUGAUGCCGUGCCAGCCACCGCUGGCGGCAGUGGUGCCAGCGCACCCGUCGCAGGCGCUUGGUUGCGUGGCCAAGCCCGGUGCGGCUGCCCCGAAGCCCGCUAUGGCUGCUGCGUCCGCAGGGCUUCACUGGUCGGCUGCAGCUGGAAAUGGUCGUGGCGAGUUCCUAGGCAGCGCCCCUGCAGUGCCUAUGCAAGGCCUGCAGAUGCAGCAGCCCUGGCAUCUGCAGCAUGUGGCCAGCUUGUAUCCGGCGCCGCCCCAGCAACAGCUGCAGCAGCAACAGCAGCAGCAGCAGCGGGGCGGUGAUGGCGGCUGGGGGGCCGCGGCCGGUGGCGCCGCCGCGGGUGUGCCCCAGGAGCACGCGCGCCGGCCGCAGCUGCACUUCGCAGCGGGGCAUGCUCUACAGCAGCAGCAGCAGCAGCAGCAGCAGCAGCUGCAGCAGCAGCAGCAGCAGCUGCAGCAGGUGGUGGGGCAGCAGCAGGCGCAUCAGGCAGGGCUGCAGCAGCUGCCUUUCUGGGUGCUGGCGCAGUUGCCGCCCGCGGUGCUUGUGCGGCUGCAGCACAUCAGCGCGUCAGACCCCGCGGGCUGGCAGGAGCUGCUGCAGCGGCUGCUGUGCCCGCCGCAGCACGUUCAGCAGGGGCAGGAGCAGCACUAGCCGUCUGGGAUAUACGAAGAGGCAGCGGCGGGGCGGCGUGAUGGGCAGGUGGCCUUGCCAGCCGCAGAAGCCAAUGCCGUCCUAUGUGCUUGAAGCGUUGCUUGCUGAGGGGCACUGCCUUGCGAUGGGCCGAUUCGCUGAAUACGAAAGGGGAGCUAGCGUCAUGCGCCGCAGUUACUUCCAUUCAUGUAGUAUGGGUAGCGGUCCUCUUGUUAGGGCCAUCGCGAGGGCCGCGGGCCCAAUUUAAUCGCGUGUGUAGCGCACUUUCGAGUCGUGGAGGUGGGUGAUUGGGCGGGUGGGUGCAUGGGUGCGUAGGGCACAUGCACGCCAUGUUGUCGGGAAAUGCGCGAUCAAGAUAUUCAGUAUCAACGGUGAGUUCUAGCGUUACACGGAUACGCUAAAUGAUUACGCAUGGAUGCAAGUUUACGAUCGGGAACAGCCUUGCCGUGCAGAGACCACUUAGUGCUUCGCCGGACCAAAGUAGCGUGAGCUUAGCCCCAACCCCACCCCCAAACAACUUCGUGGUGCCUGGGGAAGGGCCUUGGGCAACCCUGGUCUUGGCUUUGCCAGGCCCGGAUGUAAGCUUCAUGUUAGUGCAUACACGUCAAUAAAGCUCAGCUGUAAUCAGUGGAGCAGGCAGGCGAGGUCGCGAGGAUAAUGGCCUGCCGUCCAACAAGUGUGCCUGACCUACCGGAAGACUCCUUAACCCCCCAACCCUGUUCACAUUGCCGGUUGCAAGAACCCAGGGGUGCAAGAACCUGUCGGGCGCUUUUGAAGCGGAGAAAGCCAGGAGGCGGAAAUUACGUGCGCCCGGGACCUAGGCACGCACUACCAUCGAUACUCAGUUUCGCACUCUUGAGCCUUAACAUCUGUGUAACAGCUCACAACA